CGUGUGUACAACAUACUAAUUCGUUGUGACUUACAGACUCUCUGUUCUCUCUCUUUACCUAACAAAAAAAAACCCAAAAUUAGUACAAAAUUUAGUGAAAAUUCUCUAUGGAUUGGGUUCGAGGUGAAGCUGUUGGUCAUGGAAGUUUUGGAAAAGUCAAUCUUGCAAUACCUAGAAAACAAAGUGCUCAAUUUUUUCCAUCAAUGGUAGUAAAAUCAUGUGGGGUUUAUCACUCUGCUUCGCUCGUGAACGAGAAGAAAAUUUUGGAAGAACUUAAUGGAUGCCCAGAAAUUAUAUGUUGUUUCGGUGAGAGUUAUUCGUAUGAAAACGGCAAAAAUUUGUACAAUGUGUUGUUGGAGUAUGCUUCUGGAGGUUCGUUAGCCGAAAAGGUUAGGAAAUCGGAGAGUAAUAAGUUGUCGGAAUUUGAAGUUAGUGGAUACACAAUGGGUAUACUUAAAGGGCUACAAUAUAUACAUGAAAGUGGGUACGCUCAUUGUGAUAUUAAGCUUGAAAAUAUUCUUUUAGGUGAAGAUGGUAAAGUGAAAAUUGCGGAUUUUGGACUGGCAAAUAGAAUUGGAACGAAGAAAGAUGAUGAUUCGCGAUGUGAAUUGAGGGGUACCCCGUUGUACAUGUCCCCGGAGGUGGUCAAUGGAGGUGAUCAGGGUACUCCGGCAGAUAUAUGGGCACUUGGAUGUGUAGUGGCUGAGAUGGUUGCUGGAGUUCCAGCAUGGAAAUUUUCGGGUGUUACAGAGCUGUUAAUGGCAAUUGGAGUUGAAAAUCAGUUGCCUGAAAUUCCUGGGGAAUUAUCAGAAGAAGGAAAAGAUUUUGUUGGAAAAUGCUUUGUAAAAGAUCCAAGUAAGAGAUGGACGGCUGAGAUGCUACUAAAACAUCCCUUUGUUGCAGAUCAUGAUCAUGAUAGUGUUACAUUCAAUGAAGAAAUCGAGAAUGGAAUUCCAUCAAUAUCUCCUAGAUGUCCCUUUGAUUUUCCUGAUUGGGUAUCUGAUGAAUAUGAUCAAACAUCGGUAACAUGUUCAAUUACUUUUUUGCCCUCGCCGGAAAAUCAAGAAAAGCUGAAUUUGAGCAGUGGGUCAUGGUUCACUUCCCCAGCCGAGAGGCUCCGGGCGCUGGUAAGUGAAUUUGGACCUGACUCUGAUUGGUAUUCUGCUGAUGACUGGAUUACUGUUAGGUGAUUUCAACUUAUGCAAUUAAUUUCAACUUAUGCAAUUAAUUAUGAACAAGGUAGAAGAGAAAAGCCAGAACCAGAAGCAGAUAUUCCAGAUUUUUGAGGAUGUCUUUUAGGGGUCUGGUUUCUCAUUUUAGUGAUUAGGCACUUAGAAUGGUCCAAUUCUUUUUACUUGUAGUGUACAUUGAAUUGUUUUCCUCAUAAAUUACAUUAGGUUCUGAAUUUUUAUCAAGACAUCUGAUUUGCUUUCAACUAAGUGUACAAUGUUAGAUUAUAGUCCUAAUGAUUAAUUUCAUGAAAUGGGAAUUGCAGAAUGGCACUUUUAGAUA